ACCGGAACCCCCAACCUUCCUCCGGUAUAAACGCGGCGAGAGCGCGACGCCGCAAACCAUUUCCACCGCCACCGUCUCCUCCCGAAUUCCGGCGAGGUGUUGUGGACGAUGGGGUCGUCGUCGGCGUCGGCGGCGCAGCACGAGGAGGCGGCGGCGGCGGCGGCCUUCGUCCUCGGCGGCGUCGACAUGCGGAUGCUGGCGGCGAGGACGGCGACGGGCGCGCUGGCGAGGGCGGGCGGCGGCGAGGCGGCGGCGGCGGCGGCGGCGGCGGCGAGGUUCGAGGAUUGCAUCCGGAGCCUCGAGGCCGAGAAGGCCAAGAUGGAGGUGUUCCGCCGCGAGCUCCCCAUCAGCGUCCACCUCAUCGCCGACGUGAUCGAGUGGCUCAAGGACGAGGUGGAGAAGCAGCGGCUGCUACGGCGGCGGCAGGUGGAGGCUCCGGCGGCGGCGCCGCCACCGGAGAUGUUCGCGCCGCCGGCGACGGCGAAGAGGAAGUCGGCGGCGUCGGCGGCGGCGGAGGGGGUGAAGGCGGAGGCGGACGCGAACGACAAGCGGAGCUGGAUGAGCUCGGCGCAGCUGUGGAGCUGCGGGAGCCACACAAGCACCAGCACCAGCAAUGGCGGCAGCGUCAAGAAGCAGCAGCACAAGGUGUCCAAUGCGUUCAUGCCACUGGCCACCUUGCCGGCGUUUGCAAAAUCACUGGAGAAAGCCGACGCCGCCGUGCCAGACCUGUCCCUCUCCUCCCGGGUGGCGAUGGCCGACGCCCCGGCAUGUCCGGCGGCGCCGAGCGCCACCAGCAGCGCCGUCACGGAUGUCGCUGUAGCGCAGCGGCAGCAGGCGGUGCAACGGAAGGCCAGACGGUGCUGGUCUCCGGAGCUCCACCGCCGGUUCGUCGCCGCGCUCCAGCGCCUCGGUGGCCCACAAGCUGCAACUCCCAAGCAGAUUAGGGAGCUGAUGAAGGUUGAUGGCCUCACUAAUGAUGAAGUCAAAAGCCACCUGCAGAAGUACCGGCUGCACACGCGGCGGGCAUCCGACGGCGGUGAUGGUGGCGGUGACCAUCAGACGGUUGGCGGCCGUCUAUGGCCGCUGCCACCGGAGCAAUACACCACCUCGCAGCACAGCACAUCGCAGUCUGGCUCGCCGCAGGGCCCCCUCCAGCUCACCGUGUCGUCGAGCCACGCCGUGUCAGUGACCGCCGGCGAUAGCUGCGACGGCGGUGAGGAGGAAGAGGAGGACGGGAAGUCGGGGAGCUAUAGCUGGGAGAUGCAGAAUGGGGCAAGGGCAUCAUCAUCAUCUUGAGCACCAUUAAUUAAUUGUCUCCAGGUGCUGCACAGCAGCAGUGACCGAAGAACUUAGGCCUAUUUCUGUACAGUGGUUGAGAGCUUUUUUUGGGCUUUUUUUUUGGAGGAUGAGAUUAAGUACGGGAGUUACCCAUGUGAGUAAUUUGAGUUGUUGUUGUAGAGGGUUUGAGAAUAUGAGAGGUGUUAAUUACAUCACAUUGUAUAAUCUUUGGGCUAAAUUGUGAUGUCGAGAUUAAUUAUUCUUAUGUGAGGAGAAUAUUGCUAGAUUAUUGUCCA